AUAAUAAAAUAAAUAAACGCAUAAUAAGAAUAGAGGAUAAAUUAGUUACCAUUUUAAAUUAAAUGCUUGUCAGGAGCCUAAUAUUACUGUAGUUAAGGCAUAUCUAUAGUAUCUACCUCCAGCCGGCUUCAGCUUUUAGGUGUUUACAUUUAUUGUUUCCUUUUUUGUAUUUGACCUUCAGUUUAUUAUUAAUUAUUGAUCAUGUAUUAUCAAUUAUUAUCUCAAUUUUUACAAUAUUGAGUAGGUAUUUGUGUGACGUCUCUAAUUUCAAGUACCUACCAAAAUUUUACACCAUUCAUAGGUAAGACUUCUGAUAGGACCUACUUGGCCCUAAUAUAAUAGCAAAAAAAAUCACCAUGUCGGGAGACGACUUUGCCACUCAGUUCUACAAUAUUCAAGGGAUUCACUUCAAUGAAAGGAAAAAAAAUUUUAAUAAGCUGCUACAAUCCGCCAACCAAGCUAUCCUGGACAAGGUCGAAAUUAAACCAAGAAAUGACCUGGAGUACUUGUUUUACAUAGAUGUUCUGGUUAAGGCGAAAAGGGUUGAACCACUCAUCCAGAUAUUACAAGAUGGAAAUCCACAGUUUACAAGUCGAAUUCUUAAGCAAAGGUGGUUCUUUGAAGAAGCCUUCAAGGAUACACCCGAACAGCAGAUUGUUUACAAUUUUCUACCAUCUCUCUCUUAUUCCUUAAGGAUGAAAGUUUUGAAGAAGAUGGCUCUAACUUUCAGCGACCAACGUAUGGAUAAACUAUUCGAUCUUAUCUUAGAAAGGUAUGGCAUAUCUAUCGCCCAACAAUUCCUGUUCAGCUGCUCUUCUGAGAAAAUCAUCGAAACCUUACAAAAAAACAGCCUCACUCUAUCAGAGGAGCAACUCAAACGAUUCUUGCAAAAAGACCCUGAACUAAUUAAGGUUUACUUCCACGAAUUCAAAAAAAAUACUGGCAGACAUUUUGACGACACUGAAUUCAUUCGUUACAUCGUUUGGAAACAUCCAGAGUUGUAUUUUGAACUGUCCAAAAUACUUCAGACAGACAUUAAAGUUGGCAGACGUACCACUAAGUCCGUUUUAAGACUGAACCAAACAGACGUCUUAAAGGAAGUAGAGUUGGUGCAAAAGUUUCACCUGGGAGCAGUUAUCAGAAAUAUAAAAGGCAGCGACGUACAAAUACUGCUUGACAUAUUUCCAAAAAAUAUAAAAGAACUAAAAUAUUUCUCAGAUCAGAUCAAGAAUCACUUAAAAAAAAUUCCAAAAAAGAAACGCUUUGAGCUGUUUCUACACUGCUUCGCUCAAAAGUAUCAGGUGCAACUCUCUGAUUGUUUAGAUAAGCUCAAUAAGCAGUUGAUGCUGUAUUUCUCAGAUAAAAUUGAUUUAGUGCAAAAGUGGAGUGAAAUUAACUUUAAGAACACCAACGAUAUAAGCUACAUCGAGCACUUAAAUCCAGAAUUGGCAUUCCAGACGGUAAAAGACCGAAUGAACUUUACAAGCGAUAAAUACGAUCGAUCCAAGUUGCUGCAUAACCUAAUCAAAAGCUGCCAUUUUGGUAAAGACUAUUUGUUUUAUAAAAGAAGUUUGAACUUCUUGUGCUAUAGGAGCCGCAACGAGGAAGGCAGCAUAAGGCAUCAGCUUAUGAGCACAAUUAAUAGUAACUUGGAUAUAAACUUAACAGACGACGAGUUUUGGAAGCAUAUAAAUGAAAUGGUGGAAGUAAGCAGGGCUAAAAAAGAUGUCUCGUUGCCGUUCGAGAUAUUAGCCAAGUUUAUUAUAUACAAUUUUAGAAAAGAGCGUCCUGUAGAUGCGCUGAUUGCUCAAUUUUGGGAAGACGUGUGGGAAGAUUCCGCCGGAAGCUGGACUCGCUUGCAACAUGUAUCGUACUUUCAAACGGAUCCAGAAUUGCACAGUUUAGUGUUAAAAUAUCUCGCAGAAAACUGUUUUAAAUUAGGAAAAUCGAUGCAGAGAAAUCUUGUAGAGGACAAAUCCCUUAUUAGCAACUUAUUGGAUAAAAUCAUUAAAUUUAACGAUGACCCCAAAAAUAAAUAUUGGAGUGUCGAUCUAGACCAAUGUUUACUCAUCAAAGAACAGGCGCAAAAGACGUUUACAUCGAACAAUAUGACCGAUGAAGAUGUCGAAAUUGGCGUGACGUUUAUCGGGAGAAACUAUUUGAAUAAGGGUUUGCACCCUAUAGGGGCCGACUGGGUUCCGGAGUCAGAUAUCACCAAAACCUACCUCUCCUGGCUGGACAACGAUAAAUUCUGGUACAAAUUAGGUAAACUCACCUGUAAUCUUAUGAAAGCACCUCGUACCACUCAACUGCAAAACGAACUGCUCGAUUUUUACUUUAAUAGAGCCUUCAAACCCCCCGGCAAAUUCUGGAACCAGAGUGAAGUCGUCAAAUAUUUCUUGAACAAGGAGCCGGAAGUGAUUCAGAAAUAUUUCCGAAAUAUUUUAGAUCUCCAGCCUGAAAACACCGUAGUUUUGGAUUAUUCCGGAUUUAAAUCGUACAAUCACUUAAACUGGGAUAGAGCAGUCGUAAAGGAACUGGUGAAAUGCUCGCAAGCCCUUGCGAUAGAUGAUAAUCAGAAGACGAGUAUCCUUAAACAUUUAUCCAAAUUGAUGAAAACUUAUGAAUAUAUCGAAUUGAUUGCUCCGUAUAUACCUGAUAAACCGAAGCUAGAUCUUCAGGAUCAGCAACAAAAAAACAUUUAUGAGAUUCAAGUUGAAAUAGUGAAUAAAUAUUUGGUCAAUCUGUCCGAUAACUAUCCCCAAUUGGUUCCGGUGUUGUAUAACUUUUGUCAAGGCGAUUAUUUGCAGAGCACCCUGCGAAUCGUUUAUAAAACCCUCUAUCGAAUCAGUGAGCUUGGCGCAGAGGAAUUUAUUAAAGUUCUUAUGGGUAGGGCCGUAUCUACUAGAAAACACGCCCUGAGCUUGGCAUUUGAAACAUUAGCACAAAACACAGCUUUGGACAUAUUCAGAACCAUGUCUAAAGAGGAGAAGAACGAUUCUGCCAAAAAGCACUUGAUGGAAAGACUUGUGAAGUAUUUUAUUAAAAAUCCAGAGGAAAAUUUAUUAAAUAUGGUCCUAAACAGCUUGUCCUUCGUUAAUAAAAACGACAAAGAACUAUUGGAAUUUUUAGCAAAAGCGUCACAAGAAGUCAUCCCGAAAUUCCGACCGAUGUUUUCUGAAAAAUUGUUUUACUUCCUCGAUGAUAUGCGUAAAAAAGAAGGGCAUCUCAUAAACCCGUACGUCAUCACUUUGUUUAAUAACAUAAAAUCGCAAGAAAACGACUUCUACCUGAACCUCAGCGAGAAUUUCUGCACGAAUAUACUUGAAAAUUAUUUCUUGCAUGACUUGCCUUACAGCGAUUCGCUGACAGAAUUCGUUGCGAAAUACCUCUGGGUCCAUAAUGAAGAAAAGUACUUCGAUGCCGUUUUUAACUGUAUCAAACAGUGGAAAGAUCUCUACUGGAACUCUAAUGAAAAAACAAAACUGCACCUAAUUUUCGUGUUUUUUUCCAUUAUGUUUCAAAAGUUCUUGGACAAAGACUGGGAAUUUUUAAAUAUGUUUAAAGCUCACUGGAGCAAACAAUUUAGCAGCGAGGAAACUCCCAAGGAGCACAUACGAAUUGACAUGCUGAUAAUUUUCAAAAAACACCCCACUUUACGUCAAUUUACCAAAGCACUUAACGUGCACUUACAACAAAUUAUUGAUCAGUACGGAGUGUAUUUCGUUGGUUCUUUAAAGGACAUUUUUUCAUCCUUCUUUUAUGCAAAUAACGCCGUUGAAAGACACUCAAAGAUCACUCUUUCUAACGUAGCCCUAGAGUUACUUAGAAUAGAACCUAACGAAUUAAACACGUUGCUUGCAAUGGAGUAUUUCGAAAGAUCCAAGGUUAAAACACGUGAUGAAAUUUUUGCAAUUUUAAAAUCUAUUGAUAAGCCGUUUUAUAGAAUAAAAUCAAAUGAAUUUAUUAAAAAUUAUUUUUAGUUUGGUAUCUUAUAUUCGUUACAUAUUGUGCCUUAAUUUUUUAAUCUGCUUUAUUAUACACACAUGUAACUUAUACAAAUAAAAAUGUAUCUUGUUUAA